AAGACCGCUAAUACAAGUGUGUACCCCGGUACGUACCGUCGUGGACCACGCCGCCGGGUGUGGAGAGGAUCGACAGGGAUAUUGACUUGGAAAUUGAAUUUAUUACGAUUGUUGCCCGGUCAACACAAAUACUCACCGUUUAAUGCGUUUAAUGCCACCUCUUGGCUUCUGUAAGUUCAAGGAAGUCUCGUCCGGACAAUUCAUCCUUCUAUCUUCCGUAAUCGAUUGAUUGCUGCAGAUUCUUUCCACAAAUAGCUUUUUGCAUACCAGUCUACAAACACAUUUGCGACACUUUCGACAUUUUAUAUAUACUUCCUAUCUAUUCUUGAAUGUAUUACUACCUUUGACAUUUACCUUAUAUCUAUGGCGCACGACGACGUAGAAUCAGACGGAUAUCGACGUAGAGAUUCGGAAGCACGCCAUAAACGUCAUAGAAAGAAGGGCUCCCGGGAACAUGGCUCGAGAGGGGAUAGCUCGGCCUCGAGGGGCGCAUCGCGAGGUGGAGGUCAAAGGUUGUCAAUGAAUGCAUUGGCUCAACUCAACGAUUAUAAUACUCGGGAUCAUACGGAAGAACCGCCGAGGGAACGAGAACGAGAGCGGAGGCCAAUGCGAGAAAGACGUCGGCGAGAAGAAUACACAGCUGUCGAUGUCGAGUACGAGUCGCCGAGGACGCCACGUCGGACGAGAGACGACUAUCGCCAGUCGGAAGGAGAGUCCGAUUAUCCUAGACGAGAACGACGGCGGCGGAAAGAGGAAUACACAGAAGAUGAGAGAGGAUACGAAUCUCGGGACAGGGAAGAGCGCCGCCGACGACGGCGACAUCGCAAUGCGGCGGCGACCGAGGACGAAGAAGACGUACCUAGGGAACGAGAACGGAGACAUCGCAAGAAAGAUCGACGAGUGGUUAGCGGUGCCAUUGUUGAGGAAGGAAGGGCGACGUCGAAGAUGCGAGCCGGCGCUGCCAGUAAGCAUAGCAGUUAUGAUAGCUACGAUAGCAUCGCGAAAGAGAAGGCAGGAACAGAAACCGAGGAUAAGUUUGCGAAGUUAAAAGAAAUAUGGAGAACGAAGAAGAAAUGGAUCAUAGGGGGCAUUUCACUUGUCUUGCUUAUCAUCAUCAUUGCCGUCGCGGUCUCCGUGAGCAAGAAGAACCAAGCGAACAACUCCGGGCCGGACAAAUCUAAUCUUAGCGGUGUUUCGGAGAAUGACGUACCUCCUGCCGCACGGGGAACCUAUUUAGACCCCUUCACAUGGUACGACACAACCGACUUCAAUGUGACAUAUACGAACGAAACUGUUGGCGAUCUUCCAAUUAUGGGACUUAACAUGGAUUGGGAUGACUCCAAGGCUGCCAACGACAAGGUCCCAGCGAUCGAGAAAUCUUGGGGCGACUACGCCAAAACGCCAGCACGUGGUGUCAACCUUGGUGGAUGGCUAUCGCUAGAACCCUUUAUCACACCUUCGCUAUUCAACUACGAUAGCAAGUUGCAGAUCAUCGAUGAGUGGACUCUAUGUAAGCAUUUGGGCCCUAAGACGGCUGCUUCAACACUAGAAAAACAUUAUGCGACAUUUGUCACAGAGCAAACCUUCCAGGAGAUACAAGCGGCAGGACUCGACCAUGUCCGCAUCCCUUAUAGUUACUGGGCUGUCCAGACAUAUGAUGACGACCCCUAUGUCUUCCGAACAUCAUGGCGCUAUCUUCUUCGUGCCAUUGAGUGGGCACGAAAAUACGGGCUACGAGUAAACCUGGACCUUCACGCCCUUCCCGGAAGUCAGAAUGGAUGGAAUCAUAGUGGAAGACAGGGUGUUGUCAAUUGGCUCAACGGUACCGACGGUGAUCUAAACUCGCAACGAUCCCUGGAUGUGCAUGACCGUUUAACCAAGUUCUUCGCCCAAGACCGUUACAAGAACAUUAUCACCUUCUAUGGACUAGCCAACGAGCCACGCAUGGUAGACUUAUCCACCCAGGCCGUCCUAUCUUGGACACAACAAGCAUACGAUUUAGUGCGGAAGAACGGGGUCAAUGCUAACGUGGUGUUCGGGGAUGGCUUCAUGGGAUUAGCCAAUUGGCAAGGCAAACUGACGGGCAUGGAUGGGCUAGUAUUAGAUGUGCACCAAUAUGUCAUCUUUAACAACGACCAGAUCGUAUACACGCAUCAGAAGAAAGUUCAAUACGCUUGCUCCGGCUGGACGCAGCAGACAGAAGAGAGUAUGGACACCUCAACAGGCUUCGGACCGACCAUGUUCGCCGAGUGGUCACAAGCGGACACGGAUUGUGCACAAUACCUGACCAACGUCGGCUGGGGCAACCGGUGGAUCGGGACGUACGACUCGGGGAACUCAUCCACACAAGCUCUCACACCGAAGUGUCCCAAGCAGGACAGUUCAUGUACGUGCGACGGAGCCAACGCGGACCCGAGUACAUACAGCGACACUUAUAAAAAGUUCCUCAAGAUGUUCGCCGAGGCCCAAAUGGUCUCUUUCGAGAAAGGCUGGGGUUGGUGGUAUUGGACCUGGGACACCGAAGCCGCGCCCCAAUGGAGCUACAAGAAGGGUCUCGCAGCUGGUAUCCUCCCCGAAAAGGCGUACGAUAAAGACUUCAAUUGCGACGCCGACGUACCUGAUUUUUCUGACUUGAGCGAAACGUAUUAAUUUCCAUUUGGUCCGAAACUCAACCUCGACAAUAUCCAAUUGGCCUUUCUCCUUUGCUUCUCCGCGGUAUGAUUGGACUUCUAAUGCGAAUGGUGGGUGUUAUUUAAACUGCGGGAUCCUACCCUCCCUUUCUACAUGCAUUGUCCAGACAAAACAUAACCUACCUACAUACUUUAUUUCAAUCUCUCUCCCAAGCUGUAUGUGUGUGGUGUGCCUGGACAUGCAUGGGGUUGGUUAUCUUAAGAUUGUAUUCGUCCCGUCCCGUCUCGUUUCGUAUCCCCUAAUUGAAAGUCGAAAGCUGCAAGAGGGCUUCAUUUAAGCUGAAGAGGUGUAAUGCAUACGCUCGGUCCCCCGAAGGAGAUUUCGCCCGUGUCCGCAUUCCGCAUCGGAUUUUACGGAUAUACCUAGAAGAAAAGAAAAAAACGGGUGGGUUGGUAAGUAGGUUGGUUGGUU